UAUCAGGAAAACACAAGCAAAGAAAAACAACAACGUUGUCUCAUCUCAACUGUGAAUAAUGAAGAUAAGGAUUUAAAGCCUCUCCAUUCAUUUCCCUCCCUCUUUAUCAUCAUUACCCAUUUCCACUUUCACCAAAAAGAUUUCAUUUUUACACUCUAAACUUCAAACACCUAACUUCAUCUUCAUUGUUCUUUCCUUUUUCAUUCUACCCUUUUGAAGCUUCCGAGGUGACAUGCUAUGAACUGAUCCUGAAAAAUAACUUAGAUUUAUAAUUCAGUUCAACAUGAAUCCCAUAAUAUCGUGUUCCGUUGGCAAUGCUUCGAUUAUUCCUGGAGUUGCGUAUUCGACAAGGAAGAAUAACUCUUUAACUAGACUCAGUUUUUCAAGGAGUUCUUUAAAACAAGGAUCGUCAACUCGGAGAUUUCUCUUUCCUUCGUUUGUCGUCAAUGGAGUGUUUCCGCAGAACAAACGGAUAUGCUCUUAUCGUAGAAAAUCUAGAACCUCCAUAUCAGCCACAGAAACGGAAGUACCCGUGGAGGUAACAGGUUCACCUGUUGCAGAUGAAGUUUCUAGUGAAUCUCCUUCGGUUGAAGUUGCCAAAAGCGUAGAUUCGUCUCCUAAGUCCGAUACGAACACUAGUUCUGCAAAAGUAAAACGUUCAAGACCGGGGAGGAAAAGCGACAUGCCGCCUGUAAAGAUAGAGGAAUUGAUUCCAGGUGCAUCUUUUACGGGGAAAGUAAAAUCUAUCCAGCCGUUCGGUGCAUUUGUUGAUAUUGGAGCUUUCACUGACGGACUCGUUCAUAUUUCUAUGUUGAGUGAUAACUACGUAAAGGAUAUUGCGAGUGUUGUUUCUGUUGGACAAGAAGUGAAGGUAAAGCUGAUUGAAGUGAACUCAGAAACUAAGCGUAUAUCUCUCUCUAUGCGUGAGAGUGCUGACACUGGCAAACGUAACGACGCACCGAACACUAGGGACCCUUCAAGAUCUGGUCCAAGGAAAGACAGUGUGAAUAAACAAACGAAAUUCUCCGUUGGUCAGGAAUUGAAGGGUAAGGUGAAGAAUAAGACAAGGAGUGGUACUUUUAUAUCACUUCCGGAAGGUGAGGAGGGAUUUCUACCGUUAGGUGAGGAGAGUAAAGAUGGAUCCGCGAAUAUAAUGGGAAAAUCUUCGUUGGAGGCUGGUCAAGAAGUUAGCGUACGAGUUUUGCGUAUCACAAAAGGACGAGCGACGUUGACAAUGAAGAAGAAAGGAGCUGUUGAAGAAUGGGACAAGCCACUUUUAGAGAUAGGGAAUGUGGGUCUUGUAUCAAACCCUUUUGCAGUGGCUUUUCGUAAAAAUAAGGAUAUUGCUAAAUUUUUGGAUGAGAGGGAGAAAGUUCAAAGUGAAGCUAAAUCAUCAACAACAAAAACCGAGGAAGAUGUGGGAAGUAGUUCAUCGGUCGGUUCCUCAACAACUGUUGCGGAUGAUGAAAGCAGUCAAGGAAGUAUUAUAAAUGGUGACAUCGAGAAGGAAACUGAGGAAGCUUCUGCAAAUUUGGCUUCUGAAGAGGAUAUAUCUGUUGUAAAUCCAAUAAUCGAGGAAGCUAUUCAGACAGAUAUCACAACAAGUGAUGUGGAAAUCGAUUCACCAGUUGAAGCCACUGAUGAAAAUGUAACCGAAAGUGGAGUUGAUCAAGUUGUUGCGGAAGAUGAAAAACAAUCAGAAACUGAUAAUGAAAAAGAAGUUGUAGCUGCGACGCAGACAGAUAGUGAUGCAGUUGAGCCUGUCCCUGUGACAGAAACAGACAUUACAUCAAGUGCACCUGAAUUACCUGAAGAAACAGAAGUAGAUGACAAUGUUGUAGCUGUUCCGGAGAAUAAUGAGAGUGAUUUGUCUCCCGAGGGAAGCUUGAGUAAAGAUGGAACCGAAGAAAACAUUCAAAUUCCCUCUCCUGAAAGUCCUGCCACUGAAGAAGUGCUAGAAGAACAAACACUUGUAACAGCACAAGUUGAAAGUCCUGCCACUGAAGAAGUGCAAGAAGAACAACCUCUUGUAGUAGCACAAGUUGAGAGUCCUGCCACUGAAGAAGUGCAAGAAGAACAAACACCUGUGGCAGCACAAGUUGAAGAGGUUGCAAUUGGAUCCGAGACAAACAGCACCUUAUCUAGUUCUAAUGAACAAACCGACAUUACUGCUUCAGAUGAAGGCUUGAGUAAAGCUGCUAUAUCACCGGUACUUGUGAAGCAACUCCGAGAUGAAACCGGAGCUGGAAUGAUGGACUGCAAAAAUGCUCUAUCAGAGAGUGAAGGCGACAUUACUAAAGCACAAGAGCUCCUUAGGAAGAAAGGCUUAGCAAGCGCAGACAAGAAAGCAGCCAGAGCAACUGCUGAAGGAAGGAUAGGUUCUUACAUCCACGACAGCAGGAUCGGUGUUUUGGUAGAAGUAAACUGCGAGACAGAUUUUGUCUCCCGAGGUGAAAUUUUUAAGGAGCUUGUUGAAGAUAUAGCCAUGCAAGUGGCUGCGUGUCCUCAAGUAGAGUACAUUACUACUGAAGAUGUUCCUGAGGAAAUCGUGAGCAAAGAAAAAGAGAUAGAAAUGCAGAAAGAAGAUCUUGCUUCAAAACCGGAGCAAAUCAGAUCGAGGAUUGUUGAAGGACGGAUAAGGAAAAGACUCGAGGAUUUGGCUUUGCUUGAGCAGCCUUACAUCAAGAAUGAUAAAGUGCCCAUAAAGGAUUGGGUCAAGCAGACAAUUGCAACUAUUGGAGAAAAUAUUAAAGUUACAAGGUUUGUGCGGUUCAACCUCGGCGAAGGUUUGGAAAAGAGAAGCCAGGAUUUUGCUGCUGAAGUCGCCGCACAAACUACAGCAAAACCAGUGACUACACCGGUGAAAGAGGAACCUGCUGCUGCUGAAGUCAAGGAGAUUGAACCAAAGAAAUCAACAGUAACGAUCUCGGCCUCAUUGGUUAAGCAAUUAAGGGAAGAAACCGGUGCUGGGAUGAUGGACUGUAAGAAAGCUCUUGCUGAAACCGAAGGUGACCUUGAAAAGGCGCAAGCAUACCUCAGAAAGAAGGGUCUUUCAUCUGCUGACAAGAAAUCCGGAAGACUAGCAGCUGAAGGAAGAAUCGGUACAUACAUUCAUGAUUCACGCAUUGGAGUUCUUAUUGAAGUGAACUGUGAAACCGACUUUGUUGGCAGAAGUGAGAAGUUUAAGGAACUGGUCGAUGAUCUUGCAAUGCAAGUCGUGGCUUGUCCACAGGUUCAGUUUGUAUCUAUUGAAGAUAUCCCAGAAGCCACUGUGAAGAAGGAAAAAGAACUCGAGAUGCAACGAGAAGACCUUGCUUCAAAACCCGAGAACAUAAGAGAGAAAAUUGUUGAAGGAAGAAUCUCAAAGAGGUUAGGGGAGCUUGCUCUUCUAGAGCAGUCUUUCAUUAAGGAUGACAGUGUGUUGGUGAAAGAUUUGGUGAAGCAAAGUAUAGCUGCCAUUGGAGAGAACAUUAAAGUGCGGCGUUUUGUUCGGUUCACUCUUGGAGAAACAGUUGAAAAAGAAACAACAGUUGCUGCAUAGCUUAAGAGAUCAAUUUUGAAAACCGAAAGAUGAUUCUUCGUAGUAACCGAAUGUUCAUUAGGCGCGGACACAUUUUACUGAUCUGUAUCUGUAUUGAGGAUACAUGAGGACUGAGUUUUGUGUAAUUCUGUGGUUUGUGUUGAAAUUAUUAGUUGAUGCAUUUCUAAAUUACAAAAUUUCAUUUAAGGUUUAAA